AUGGAACAGGCCGAGAGCCGGGGACCCUGCGUGGUGGAGCAGGCCAAGGGCCGGGGACCCUCCGGGCGGUGCAGACUGGGGCCCGGUUACCCCCGGGGUGGCGCUGCUUAAGGACUUGGGGACCCUGUGGGGGUGGCGCAGCCUGAGGACUGGGGAACCCUGCAGGGAGGUGCAGGCCAGGACCCCGGGACUCUUCUGGGGUGGUGCUGAGGGGCCCCAGCAUGCUUGCUUGGCCUGACGCCAUUUUGAGCAGGGCCUGAGGAGUACGGGGAGGGUUCAGUUGGAGGACAUGGGCGCAGGAAUGAGCGGGGUGUCUGCGGUCGGCCACCUGGCCCCAGAACAGGGAACUGGAGGGUCGGAGGGACAGUUUGUACCCUGGAUGGGAGCCAGGUCAGCAGGCGUGUCGAGCUCGGGGAAAAACCACGAGCUGUCCUGAGUUUGAACCUGGCCUCAUAUGAGUCGUCCAAUCAGAACCCUGUAAGCCAUGGCCUCAUAUGAGUCGUCCAAUCAGAACCCUGUAAAACAUGGCCUCAUAUGAGUCGUCCAAUCAGAACCCUGUAAAACAUGCUUCUUGCUUCUGUACCCGCCCUUCUGCUGCCCGACCCUAUAAAAACCCUCCACUCCAGCCCGUCGGGGCGCCAGUCUCUUCAGUCUCUGGAGGGACUGUGUCACCCCGGGUACCCGUGUUCCGGAAUAAAGCCUCUUGCUGUUUGCAUCUGACUUGUGGUCUCGGUGUGAUCUCUGGGCGAGGGUCUCUCCAGAGGGAAGACUACCUUCGGGAGUCUUUCAUUUGGGGGCUCGUCCGGGAUCGGAGACCCCCGCCUCGGGACCACCGACCCACUGUCAGGAGGUAAGCUGGCCGGCCACUGUCUGUCUGUAUUGUCUCAGUCUGUUUACUUGUCUUUCGUUUUCGUCGGGCGUCCUAAGUCAGGUCUGAGUCGGUGGGGGCUGAAGGAGCUGACAAGCUCGGACUUCGCCCACCGAAACCCUGGAAGACGUUCCACGGGUAUCUGAAGUCCCCUCUGGGGCACGGGAAGUCCCCUCUGGGGCACGGGAAGUCCCCUCUGGGGCACGGUUUUUCGGGGCCACCCACGCAUCAGAAGGAUACGUGGUACUGGCAGGGGACGGAGAAUUCAAACACUCCGCGUCCCCAUCUGAGUCUUUGCUUUCGGUUUUACGCCGGAGCCGCGCAGCGAAAAAUUCUGUGGUCUGUCUUGUCUGUUUGUUUCUCGUUGUGUGUUUAACCCUUCUUUAUUUAGAGACCACCAUGGGACAGGCUGUCGCCACCCCACUGAGCCUAACCACGGACCACUGGUCCGAUGUUAAGGCCCGAGGAAACAAUGAAGGUGUCAUUAUCAAAAAGAACAAAUGGAUCACCCUCUGCGAGGCCGAAUGGGUCAUGAUGAAUGUCGGCUGGCCGCAAGAGGGAUCUUUUAACCUCUCUCUUAUUUUACAGGUGGAGGGCAAGGUUUUUGCCCCUAGCCCUUAUGGGCAUCCCGACCAGGUCCCAUAUAUCGCCAUCUGGAGAUCACUGGUCGAGAACCCAUUUCCAUGGGUUAAGCCUUUCCUUCCACAGCCCCCUCCAGUCUCUGGGCCUUCUGCGCCCCCUAACCCGGACUCCUCCCUUUACCCCGUGCUCCCUCACAAGGAGACUCCUAAGCCUCCAGUCCUCCCCCCAGACCCCCAUACCCCCCUUAUAGAUCUCCUGACGGAGGACCCACCACCAUAUCAAGCCGGACCACCUGGAGAGCCAGCUGAAGCGGCCCCAGCCGCCGCCCCGGUGGCGGCGCCCCCGGCCGUGCCCGUGGAAGAUCCGGAAGUCACCUCGACUCGCAGGACCCACGGGGCUGAAGAAGAGGACGCAGCCCCGUCCCCCAUUGCCGGCCGCCUCCGCGGCCACCGGGAUGACCCCCCCCACAAUGAGUCCAGGGCCUUCCCGCUCAGGGAGGGGCCGAAUCGUCAGUUGCAGUACUGGCCCUUUUCAGCCUCAGACCUCUAUAAUUGGAAACAACAUAAUCCCCCUUUCUCCAGGGAUCCUGUUGCCUUGACCGGCCUAAUUGAGUCCAUCCUAGUGACUCACAGGCCGACUUGGGACGACUGUCAGCAGCUCCUGCAGACCCUCUUAACAGUAGAGGAGAAGCAGAGAGUUUUCCUGGAGGCCCGGAAGCAGGUUCCGGGAGAUGACGGGAGGCCAACCCAACUCCCAAAUAUCAUCGAUGCAGCUUUUCCCUUGACCCGCCCAGACUGGGACUUCAAUACACCUGAAGGUAGGGAGCAUCUACGUCUCUAUCGCCAGUUGCUCUUAGCAGGUCUCCGAGCGGCCGCCAGAAGGCCUACCAAUUUGGCUCAGGUAAGGAAUGUGAUACAGGGAAAGGAAGCAACACCCGCUGCAUUUUUAGAGCGGGUGAAGGAGGCUUAUAGGAUGUACACUCCGUAUGAUCCAGAAGACCCAGGGCAAGCACCAGGUGUCAUCCUAUCAUUUAUCUAUCAGUUUAGCUCAGAUAUCAGAACCAAAUUGCAGCGGCUGGAAGGUUUACAGGCGCUAGGUUUGCCAGACUUAUUGAAGGAAGCAGAGAAAGUGUUCAAUAAGAGAGAAACUCCUGAGGAGCGUGAGGAAAGGAGAUGGCAGAAACAAGAGGAAAGGGACAAGAAACAGCAUAGGGAGAUGAAAAAGGUUUUGGCCACCGUUGUGUCUCAGGGACAGCGGAGAGAGGGAGAUAGGUCGGGAGAGUGAAGGAGGCCACCCCUUGAUAAAGAUCAAUGUGCUUACUGCAAGGAGAAGGGACACUGGGCCCGAGAGUGCCCCAAGAAGCCACAAGGACCCCGCCGGCCCAAGCCCAAGACUGUAGACCUACCUGGGCUACACCCUGAGCGGGGGGCACUGCUCCAGUCCUCGGAACCCCCGCCAGGUUCGAGAGUUCCUGGGUACGGCUGGGUACUGCCGCCUUUGAAUUCCUGGCUUUGCCGAACUGGCAGCCCCAUUGUAAACCAGGGGCCAUGUUAAGCGUUCCAACAGAUCAAGAAGGCCUUACUCGAGGCCCCGGCUCUGGGUCUGCCAGAUCUAACCAAGCCCUUUGAGCUGUUUGUGGAUGAGAACUCAGGUUUUGCCAAAGGGGUACUGGUGCAAGACUGGGACAUUGGAGGAGACCUAUAGCGUACUUGUCCAAAAUUGGACCCGGUGGCUACAGGAUGGCCAUCAUGCCUCCGCAUGGUGGCAGCCAUUGCCGUAUUACUCAAGGAUGCCGGAAAGCUGACUCUGGGACAGCCGUUGACUGUGCUGACCUCCCAUGCAGUAGAGACCUUGGUCCGACAACCACCGGACAGAUGGCUUUCUAACGCCAGAAUGACUUAAAUUUUGGGCCGACAGUUUCCCUUAACCCUGCUACCUUGCUGCCACUGCCUAGCCCCUCCGAGGAGCAUGACUGCCUCCAGAUUCUAGCAGAAGCACCUGGCACCCGCCCUGAUCUGAAGGAUCCAGACGCUGUCUGGUACACAGAUGGGAGCAGUUUCCUGGAGGAGGGGGAACGCAGAGCCGGGGCAGCUAUAACCACCGAAUCGGAAGUGGUAUGGGCAUCGUCACUCCCGCCCGGGACAUCGGCCCAGCGUGCAGAACUGAUUGCGCUCACCCAAGCUCUCCGGAUGGCAGAAGGUAAGAUAUGCCUUCGCCACUGCGCAUGUCCACGGGGAAAUCUACAGACGGAGAGGCCUGCUGACGUCCGCGGGUAAGGAAAUCCCAUACAAGAACCACAGAAAGAAAAUGGGGGCGGACUGGGAACAAGGAAGACAAGCAUAUAUACUAGGAGGACCGGAUGGUCAUGCCAACCUCCCAUACCCGAUAUAUGCUGAGAUUCCUCCAUGCAUUGACCCAUUUGAGCAAAAACAAGAUGAAGACCCUAUUGGACACCUGGGCAGUGCUACUGAACCAGGAUCAGGCACUCCAGCAGGUAACUUCUACCUGCCCAGCCUGUGCUCAAGUCAACGCAGGAAAGGUUCAUCUAAACAAGGGGUAUGGGAUGCCUCAAAUAUUGGGGUCGGAUAACGGGCCUGCCUUCGUCUCCCAGGUAAGUCAGCAGGUGGCCAAACUAUUGGGGGAUGAUUGGAAACUCCAUUGUGCAUACCGCCCCCAGAGCUCAGGACAGGUAGAACGAGCUAAUAGAACAAUCAAGGAGACUUUAACCAAAUUAACGCUUGCAACUGGCACUAGAGAUUGGGUGCUCCUACUUCCCUUGGCUCUCUACCGAGCCCGAAAUACUCCUGGCCCAAACGGCCUAACCCCUUUUGAGAGCAUGUAUGGGGCCCCACCUCCUGUUGUAAACUUUCUCCAUCCUGAUAUUUCAUCUUUUGCCACCACCCCUACUUUAGAGGCACAUCUUCAAGCCCUCCAACUGGUGCAGAGGGAGAUCUGGAAGCCCCUGGCCAAGGCUUAUCAGGAGCAGCUAGCCACAUCCCUAUUCUUCCCCAUGAAUGGAGGAUUCCAUUCCCUGAGAUAAGAAAAUGGGGGAAUGAAAGGCCGCCAGGAGCGG